UCGAGUGAGUAGAUUUCAAAAGUAGUCGAAAACUUGUGAUUGUGUUCUAAACGUUUUACAAAAAUAAUUGUUAAAACAUUUGAAAUUAUAUUAUAUUAAUUAAUUAGUUUUGUUUAAUUAAAACGUAAAUAUUAUGGCGUUGCACGUUCCGAAAGCCCCGGGCUUUGCCCAAAUGUUAAAAGAUGGUGCUAUGCAUCUUUCUGGUCUCGAAGAAGCCGUUUACCGUAAUAUUGCCGCGUGCAAAGAGUUUGCGGAAACGGUCAAAACGGCAUAUGGCCCGAACGGCAUGAACAAAAUUGUCAUUAAUCACAUAGACAAGCUGUUCAUUACCAACGAUGCCGCGACUAUUGUCAAAGAACUGGAUAUUGAACAUCCAGCUGCCAAAAUCAUUGUUAUGGCUUCCGAGAUGCAAGAACAAGAAGUCGGCGACGCCACCAACUUUGUCAUCAUUCUGGCUGGAGCGCUGCUCGAACAAGCGGAAUUGUUACUGAAAAUGGGUUUGACACCAGUCGAAGUGUGUGAAGGCUACCAGGUGGCCCUUGACAAAGCCAUUGAAAUUUUGCCCACGUUGACUUGCCAUGAAGUCAAAGACAUCAAAAGCAGUUCUGGUGAACAAGCAUUAGGACAAGCCAUAAAAUCGUCGAUUAUGAGCAAACAAUACGGUCAAGAACAAUUUAUCACGGAUCUUGUAAUCGAAGCUUGUUCGUCAAUUUUGCCAGAGAAAUCAACGUUCAAUGUAGACAAUGUCAGAGUGUGCAAAAUUUUGGGUUCAAAUUUAUACAACUCGUCCGUCGUCAACGGUAUGGUUUUUAAGCGUACAAAUGAAGGAGACAUUACCAAACAAACAAAUGCUAAAAUUGCAGUUUACACGUGUCCUAUUGACAUAACCACUACAGAAACAAAAGGUACCGUCCUGAUUAAAUCCGCCGAAGAAUUGCAAAACUUUAGCCGUGGUGAAGAAAUGGUACUCGAAGAACAAAUUAAAGCCAUAGCUGAUGCGGGCGUAACGGUUAUCGUUGCGGGCGGCAAAUUUGGUGACAUGGCGUUACACUACUUGAACAAAUACAAGAUUAUGGGCGUUCGUCUGAUGAGCAAAUUUGAUUUGAGACGGUUAUGCAAAUCCGUAUCGGCCACAGCGCUGCCAAGACUCACGCCGCCAAACAAAGAAGAACUCGGUUUUGCCGAUUGUGUGUACGUCGAUGAACUGGGUGAUACGUCAUUGGUAGUUUUUCGUUUAGACGGUAAAGAUUCUCGAAUGUCCACAAUUGUCGUACGCGGAGCUACCGACAAUUUUAUGGAUGACAUCGAAAGGGCUAUCGACGACGGUGUGAACACGUUUAAAGGAGUUUCUAGGGAUGGAAGAUUACUACCAGGAGCCGGAGCCACUGAAAUGGAACUCUCCUAUCAGGUCGGUCAGUUUGCUGACACGUUACCCGGGUUGGAACAGUAUGCGGCCAAACGAUUUGCAAUUGCUCUAGAAGGUUUUGUCAAAAUUUUAGCCGACAAUACUGGCGUCAAAUCCAAUGAAACUUUAGCCGACCUGUAUUCACAACAUAGUAAAGGCAACAAAAAUGCAGGUUUCAACAUUGAGGCAAAGGGAUCGUCUUUGUUGGAUGUGGUCGAAGCCGGUAUUAUUGACUCGUUCCUCGCAAAGUAUUGGGGACUAAAGUACGCCACACAAGCGGCUUGUACUAUAUUGAAAGUCGAUCAAAUCAUUAUGGCCAAGCGCGCGGGAGGACCAAAAGCUCCCGGUGGUCGUGCUCCCGACGAUGACGAUGCAUAAUCUAUUUGUACCUUCUUUUUUUUACUCACUAAUUCAAGUUACUAACUUUUUUUUUUUUUUUU